UUUUGGAAUACACGCAGGUUCAAGACUUGAUUACGACGGGGGAAGGGUCUCGAUAAAUACAACUCUCAGUCAAUGAACGGACGUGUAUCAUUCCCUCGUUCGGGGAUACUUGUGCUGGGGCCCAAUUCUGUCCAGUCACUAGUACCUGCAACUCUCGUGUCUCAAGCUGAAUCCCUUCUUGAAAACCACCGCAUCUCCGAGGCUGCUGACUUUGCGGAGCAGCAGAGGAAGAAGCUGCAAUCGAAGAUCUCUCUGGACGAUGAUGAGGCGAGUUUUGUAGAAGAGCUGCGCUACGUGUUCCAGCGCAUAGGCCUUCAAUGCUUCUCGGAAACGUUGUUUGAAGAUGCUGGGCAAUACCUGCUUAGUGGAGAGCUCGACCCGCGGAUCCUCGUCAGCUACUUCCCUGAGUACAGGGGAGACAUGUUCGCGCCGGAGGAUUCGAUAGACAUGUUUGCGGGCGUAGCAGAGCACAUUCCGGAAGAGGACACGGUGGUAGACAUAAUUGCACAAAACCUAGUCAGGAACUACUCACCGCACCUCAAACCGAACACACGCGAGGCCCGUCCUACCGCCGAACUGCGAGAGAUUCUGAAAGAUGAGGCGAGGAGAAUGCUGCAUAACGUGCUUCAGGCAUGGCACAGGAAGGCACGGGUGGGAGAUAAGGGGCUGGCGGCGAUGAGGGAGGUCAGGAUGGUUGUGGACACGGCUCUGUUGAAGAUCUUGGCUGAGAACGGGGACACGCCUGAGCUGCACAGGAUGCUGGAUGGCCCGAACGACGUCGACUUGAGCGAGGUGGAGCCCAUCCUGAUUCAAUCGCAACAGUUUAAUGUCCUGUGUAAACUGUACCGGCAGCGCGGGGAGGAGGGGAAAUUAUUGGAUGCUUGGGCAAAAUUGGCGGAGGGGGAGUGGACCGACGAGGAUCUCCCGGAUCCUCUCACCACCAUGUUUAACUAUUUAAGUGAGAAGCGCGACCGCGCGCUCAUCCAACGCUGGGGUGUCUGGUUUACUACCCACGACCCCGAGCGCGGCUUGAAGGCAUCUUCGUCUUAUGCUUCAAGCUCUUCCACUUCCUCGUCAACCUCUUUUCUAUCAUAUUUUGUCUCGACAACGCCUGACUCGGAGCAUAAACGCGUGCGGCUAAAGACCAUCCUGUUCCUCCAAGGGUCGGACUUGUAUGACCCCGAGCCGAUCAAGGAGAGGCUCGCAGAAUACGAGAAGACAUUGGUGAUCGAGCGAGCUAUUGUCGAAGGCAAGCUGGGACACCAUCGAGAAGCACUGACGAUCCUAAUGCACACUUUGCACGACUCACGGUCGGCGGAGUCGUAUUGUACCCUCGGAGGGGACGUCGUCACUGGCCGGUUAGCAUCGUCCAUUGGCGAGAAGAAUGGCUUGCUGCAUUGGUCGUCGCUCUUGACUGGGGGCAAAUCGAAGACUCCCGGGGCUAUUACGAGACAGCAGAGCGCGGAUGAGGAGACGCGGAAGACGUUGUUGGGUAUAUUGUUGGAGGUGUGUAUGAGUGGAGGGGAGUCGACUUCAGAAAGCACAGCGAGGUUGCUCAAUUCCCAAGCGAUGAACCUUGAUGUCGUAGACGUGAUUUCACUGGUGCCUCCAGAUUGGCCACUGCACCUACUAUCCUCGUUCCUCUCUCGGUCAUUCCGACGCACUCUGCACAGUCUGCACGAAGGCCAGAUUGUCAAGAACAUCAGUAUGGCGCAAAAUCUGGAGGUCUCGGAACGAACGUGGAUGGUCAUUCGGGAGCAGGGUGCUCUGAUCGAAGAGCCGGUCGAGGAUGAGGAGGGCGAGGAGGGCGAUGGAGAGAAGGAGAAGGUAGCGGAGAUCCUGAAUGAGAAGUUUGGGCUGCAUGAGGAUGGGCCGGUGGAGGAGAUCCAUGUGGACGAUGCUAAGGAGGGAGAUGGAGGUGACAAUAAAGGACUGGAUUCGGGGAUCAGGUAGCGUGCGGGGUCGUCAGCUCUGCUUUUUGGGCUUGCAUUGGUACUCUAUGUUACUUGCUAAUAUCUGGUUUGGCAUAUGAGAUACUAGGGGAAAGGAUCUCAUGCUUCCCUGCCUCUGAAGAUCGCGUCUACUCUAGGCAACAGUUGCAGGUAUGUGUAUACUCUUGACACCGACCUUGUGAUUGCGGGCCAAGCGGUG